AUGGCACAAGAUUUUCCCAUUACCUUUGGGGAAGUAUUGAACUUGAGCACCCUCGGGGUAAACUUGGACUAUGUCAAGUUUGGCUCGACGACGAUGGAGUCGGACAAGUUUGUCUGUGUAUGCGAACAAGUGAAUGGACAGGCCAGUGUGGUGAUCGUAGACAUGGCGGCGGGCAAUACGGUGCAGCGUCGUCCGAUUAAUGCCGAAGCGGCCAUCAUGAACCCUGUGAGUAAAGUCAUUGCUCUACGCUCAGAGAAUCAGCUGCAAAUUUUCAACAUGGAAUUACGCGCCAAGAUGAAGAGCCACUUGAUGAACGAAACUGUGGUCUUUUGGCGCUGGAUCUCGGUCAAUACCAUUGCACUGGUCACAGCAUCUGCUGUGUACCAUUGGAGCAUUGAAGGAGACUCAUCCCCGGUCAAGAUCUUUGACCGACAUGCCAACUUGGGUGCUGGCACUCAGAUUAUUAGCUACGAAGCUUCGGCUGACAAUCAGUGGAUGUUAUUGGUCGGCAUCUCACAGGGAGAAGGAGGUCGUAUUGCUGGCAAUAUGCAGCUUUACUCGAUGGAUAAGAAGGUGAGCCAGGUACUACAAGGCCACGCUGGAGCUUUUGCCCAAAUGAAGCCUUCUGGAAGAACAGAUGACGCCCAGGUACUGGUCUUUGCCGGAACCAAGGGGGAUGGACAGCCUAUGCAGCUCUUUAUCAUGGAAGUAGGACGUCAGCGCGAUGCCCCCGGUGGCGUGUUUCGUCUCACUCCGCAGCCAAUUCCUUUUGCUGCGGACGCACAGGCUGAUUUCCCUGUAUCGAUGCUUGUGAGUCCAAGUGACGACGUCGUGUACAUGAUUACCAAGAUGGGAUACCUCUUCCUGUUUGAUGCGCAUUCCGGCAAGCCCGUGUACCGUGCUCGUGUAUCUCAAGACACGACAUUUGUGACGUGUUUGGAGUCAACUUCAAAGGGAAUGCUUGGUAUUACGCGCCGCGGACAACUGUUGCAUUUCGCGAUUAAUAAGACGAAGCUGGUGCCGUACGUGGUAAACACGCUGCGCGACUCGCAGCUGGCCUUGGCCUUGGCAACGCGUCUGGAUCUUCCGGGUGCUGAAGAGCUUUACUUUACGGAGUUUGACCGUCUCAUUAGUGUGAACGACAUUCAGGGUGCAGCCCGCCUAGCUGCCGCAUCUCCCCAGGGCGCUCUUCGCACGCCUCAGACGAUCCAACGUUUCCAGCAGAUGCCUGCUCAGCCCGGUCAGCCGCAGCCUAUCCUGCAGUACUUCAGUGUCCUGCUUGAAAAGGGAACGUUGAAUAAGAUGGAGUCUAUUGAGCUGGCUCGCCCCGUGUUGAUGCAGGGUCGCGGCCAGCUGCUGCAGAAGUGGCUAUCGGAGGAUAAGCUUAACUGCUCGGAGGAGCUGGGUGACCUCGUCGCACAGUCUGACACCACGAUGGCUCUGUCCGUGUACUUGCGCGCUGAAGUUCCUGAGAAGGUGAUUAACUGCUUUGUCCAGCGCGGCGAGUUCGACAAGAUUGUCGCAUAUGCUGUUCAGACCAACUACCGUUGUGACUACACGUUCAUGCUUCAGAAUCUGGUGCGUGCGAACCCACAAGGCGCACUAGAUUUUGCCCAGAAACUUGCGGUCGCGGAGAACGGUCCCUUGGUAGACGUCAAUGCUGUGGUCGACAUUUUUAUGCAGGUAAACCGCAUUCAGGAAACUACUGCUUUCUUGCUGGAGGCCUUGAAAAACAACCGUCCUGAGGAGGGUUACUUGCAGACUCGUCUACUGGAGAUCAAUUUGCUGGGCGGCUCGCCGCAGGUGGCGGAUGCUAUUCUGUCGAACAACAUGUUCACUCACUAUGACAGGCCGCGCAUUGCUGCUCUUUGCGAGAAGUCUGGCUUAUUCCAACGUGCUCUGGAGCACUACACGGAACUGUCAGACCUGAAGCGUGUAAUCGUUAAUACGCAGGCUAUCAAUCACGAGUUCAUCGUGACAUUCUUUGGAACCCUAACGAGUGAAGUCUCGAUGGAGCUGAUUGACGCCCUUAUGGCGCACAACAUGCGCCAAAACUUGCAAAUUGUUGUGCAGGUUGCCACUAAGUAUGCUGAGCAGCUGGGCGGCAAGGAACUCGUGGACGUGUUUGAGAAGUUCAAAUCGUUUGAUGGUUUGUACUUCUUCCUGGGUUCCAUUGUGAAUUUUUCGCAAGACCCUGACUUGCACUUUAAGUACAUUGAAGCUGCUACGAAAAUGGGCCAGUUCAAGGAGGUGGAGCGCGUUUGCCGUGACUCUUCUGUGUACGACCCUGUCAAGGUGAAAGAGUUCCUGAAGGAAUCGAAGUUACAGGACCCGCGUCCGCUCAUUCACGUGUGCGAUCGUUACGACUUUGUGGAGGAGUUGACGCAAUACUUGUACUCUAACAACCUGAUGAAGUACAUUGACGUGUAUGUGACAAAGGUGAGCCCACAGAAGGCACCUAUUGUCAUUGGCAAGCUGCUUGACCUAGACUGCAAUGAAGACUACAUUAAGAACCUGCUCAACCAGGUUGCGCAGUGCCCUGUGGACGAUCUAUGUGAGCAAGUUGAAAAGCGCAACCGCCUGCGUCUGCUGCAGCCAUGGCUUGAGACGCGUGUUGCUCAGGGCAACACUGAAACUGCGACUCACAAUGCUAUCGGUAAGAUUUAUGUUACACUCAAUAAGGAACCCCAGCAGUUCUUGAUCAGCAACCAGUUCUACGAUUCGGAAGUUGUUGGUAAAUUUUGCGAGAAGCUAGACCCGUCUCUGGCUUACUUGGCUUAUCGUCGUGCUGGCGGUGCAUGCGAUGACGACCUUGUUCGCGUGACGACGGAAAAUGGUCUGUUUAAGGAUCUAGCCCGCUACUUGGUGGAGCGUCAGGACUUAGAUCUGUGGGGCAAGGUACUUGUGAAACAAGAAGAAGGCGAACCGGAGUCUCCUAGCCGUCGUGCUUUAAUUGACCAGGUUGUACAGACGGCACUCCCGGAAACUACGAACCCGGACGAAGUGUCAACUACUGUGCGCGCGUUCAUGAACGCUGAACUACCGAACGAGCUGAUUGAACUACUCGAGCGCAUCGUCCUUCAAGGCACCGACUUCUCGGCCAACAAGAAUUUGCAGAACUUGCUGAUUCUAACAGCCAUCAAGGCUGGCAAGGAGAAGGUCAUGGACUACGUGAAUCGUCUGGACAACUUUGACGGCCCGGAGAUCGCGCGCAUCGCCGUUGGUGAGCAGUACCAGCUCUACGAGGAGGGUUUUGUCAUAUACAAAAAGACGAAUCACAACGUGGAGGCUAUUGGUGUGCUGUUGGAUUACAUAAAGGACAACGAGCGCGCCUAUGAGUUUGCUGACCGCUGUAACGAAUCUGAGGUGUGGUCUCGUUUGGCGAAGGCUCAGCUCGACCAGGGCAAGGUACAUGACUCUCUGUCGGCUUUUAUUAAGGCCAGCGAUGCCAGCUCGUACGUCGAUGUGAUUGCCGCUUCUGAGCGUAUCAACAACUACAACGAGCUGAUUCCCUACUUGAAGAUGGCGCGUAACACAGUGAAGGAGCAGUAUCUUGACACGUCGCUGAUUUAUGCGUACGCUAAGACGGAGAAGUACUCCGAUCUAGAAGAGUUCAUUUCCUCGCCUAAUGUGGCGCAGAUCCAGAACAUUGGAGAACGUUGUUACGAUGAAGGUAUGUACGAUGCUGCCAAGCUACUAUUUCAGAACAUCAACAACAACGCCAAGCUCGCCAUUUGUUAUGUGCGUCUCGGAAAGUUUCGCGAGGCCGUGGAUGCCGCUACCAAGGCGAACUCUGUGGGAACGUGGAAAGAGGUUAACUACGCCUGUGUGGAUGUAAACGAAUUCCGCCUCGCGGGCCUUUGUGGUCUGCACAUUAUCGUGCAUCCGGACCACCUCGAGGAGCUGAUUCUGCACUACGAGAAGCGUGGUCACUCUACGGAGCUGCUAAAGUUGAUGGAGCAGGGUCUUGGUCUGGAAGGCGCACAUGCUGGCAUUUUUACAGAGCUGGCUAUCUUGUAUUCAAAAUACUUGCCGUCGAAGCUUAUGGAGCACAUUAAGAUCUUUCACUCGCGUAUGAACUUGUCGAAGAUUCUCCGUGCCUGUGAGAAGGGCCUGCACUGGGACCACGCUGUGUAUCUGUACAAGGAAGACGGCCAAUUUGACAACGCUGUUCGCACUAUGGUUGACCACCCGGUUGCGUUCUCUCAUGAUUUGUUCUUGGACUGUAUCCAAAAGGUCCGCAACCAAGAGAUCCAUUACAAGGCGAUCAACUUUUACCUGGAACAGCACCCGCUUGAGCUAACGCGUCUACUGCAAGUGCUGACACCCAACCUGGACCAUGCUCGUGUUGUUCACCAGCUUCGCAAGUCGAAGAACCUACCGCUUGUGGUGGAGUACUUGAAGGAUGUGCAGAAAGAGAAUUUGUCUGCUGUUAACGAGGCACUGAACGAAAUCCUGGUUGAUGACGAGGACUACCAGGCGCUCCGUGACUCCGUAGACGCUUAUGAGAACUUUGAUCAGAUCUCGCUGGCGCAAAAGCUGGAGAAGCACGAUCUUCUCGAGCUCCGUCGCAUUGCGGCUUACCUGUAUCGCAAGAACAAGCGUUACACGCAGUCUGUAAAGCUGUCAAAGGCUGACAAGAUGUACAAGGAUUGCAUUGACUGUGCCAGCGAUUCAGAUGACCCGGAGCUUGCUGAGGAUAUCCUGCGUUUUUUCGUGUCGGUGCACGACAAGGAAUGUUUCUGUGCUACUCUGUUCACGUGCUACAAGCUGAUUAAGCCUGAUGUAGCUCUGGAGCUUGCUUGGCGUCACGGCUAUGUUGACUUUGUCAUGCCCUACAUGAUCCAAUUUGUGAAGAGCCUGAACGACAAGGUGAAGGUUCUCGACGAGCGCACACAGACCCAGCAAGAACCAGAGAUGGACACGCAGUCGCUCGACCCGGCCUACGGCAUGGGCGGCAUGCAACCCAUGCUGGCCAUUGCGCCCACGGCGUACAACGACCCAUCGGCACAAUACGGUAUGAGUAUGGCCCCUGGUAUGGCUUCUGGCAUGGCCCCUGGUAUGAACAUGGGAAUGGGCAUGGGCGGUAUGCAGCAGAAUCCGUACGGUAGCAGUCAAGGCAGCAUGGGCAGCAAUCCGUAUGGCAACAGUGGUUACCAGUAUUAA